AUGAAGUUCGGAUCCAAAGUAGAUGAGCGAAUUACCAGAGGAACAGUGUUCCUCCCGGAGUUGUUGUUGAGUGAUAAAAAGGCCUCUAAGGCUGCAAGGAGAAACAGGGGGGGGAGUGGUGGGAUUUCGGGUAACGACGCGAAAGGAAGAGCGGCCAGGGACCGAAGUGUGAACAAGCAAGCGAACAAGCCUAGGCGAAAGAAUCUCAGGGUCAUUUACAGCGGGAAAAGGGAGAUGGAUGGGCGUCUCAGCCAGUGGAAGCUGUCGCCCGGAGUAAUCACUUAUAUAUCAAUAGGACUAUUGUAUAGACAGGCUAGAUCCCAGUUGUGUGGAUGGGGUAGUGCCCGAGCAGUGAUCCGGCUUCCCGGGGAGGAACAUGAGCGGUGGAUCUUGUGUAUCAUAGCGGAUUCAAGCCGGAGGACGAUCGAUUGGGAGAGUUCAACAGCACCGGAUGACGCAAAAGUGUAUAGAAAGAUAAGCGAAGAGAAGCGAAGAAGAAAUAACCCAGUUUGGAUUUGGGCUACCCGAUAUGUAGAAGGACCUAGCACAGUCAUUUGGGCUACGGAGCACAAAACGCGACUUCAACGUUAUCGAAAGGCUGUGUCCAACUUAUGGAACUUGGAUUACGCGCGUAAACACGCUGAGGCAGGUGACCAGGAUUUCAGGAUCGACAUUCAGUCCGGAGGACAUGGCCCGAAAGUUAAGCGCGAAAGGGAGAAGAAUUUCAGAGUCGUAGAAGCAUCGGGAGCCAGGGAAGUGACUGAAUGGGCUAAGGGCAGAAGUGAAGGCCGACGGCAGCUACUUAGUGACCUCUCUGCUAGCUCUAAGAAUUCGGGCAGAUCGAAGAGAGCACAUUGCGGGAAUGUGCGCAGAAUCCAGACUUUUCCUUUAUGGAAAUGCCGCGGAAGCUGGAUUUUAUUUGCUAAGAGCUGGAUGUUAGGAAAGGGAGGGAAGAGCGGGCGGUCAUUGGGUGCCGGGAAGAGUGUGAAGCCCUAAACGGUCGAGUGCGGUAGUUGUCCCACGUGUGACAGUGAGCGCUCAAUCGCCACGUUAUACGGCUCCAUGAUCAAUUGUGUGCGCGUGGAAUGGAAUGUGAGAAUGGGGACCCACUUUGGACAUUUGCAGGUAACUCAUGUGAGCAUGAACAAUGCCGAAAUAGAACAUUGGAAGGGGGAGAACGGAAAACGUUUUAUAGACCGGAUGAGAACAUUGAAUCAUGAGAAGGGACCUGCCGAAGGGUGUUUGUGAUUAUUGAGAGUGCGGAAUUACAGGAUUACAAAUUAGAGUUGAAGAGUGAAUCGCAG